AUGCAUCGCGCCCUUGUUUCGAGUGGCUUGAAGCUGUCGCGCGUGUGGCUCCCCUCUCACGCCGGCGUCCAGGGCAACGAGAAGGCCGAUGACUUGAAAAAGGCAGCACACCACGCUACCGUACCCGAGAGCACCGCUGUAACUGCCUUGAACUACGCAAGGCGCACUUUGCAGCGGCACCUUAUGGCGCCCCACCCGGAUCGGCGCAGCGCCAGCGGUCGACCCCCCUUUCCCCUUCUUGAUCACGAGCUCACAAGGCAGCAGUGGUCUCUCCUGCUGCGCAUCGGGAUCGGCUGCUCCUGGAUGGCAUCCUGGAGGUACAGCAAAGGCCUGGCUCCACCGUCAGCCUGCUCAGCAUGCGGCGAGGCCGAAACAGUCAAGCACCUUCUUUGUUUCUGCCCCGCCUUCUCGAAAUAG